AUGAAGGAGGCUCUAGUGAGCGCAGCGACCGGGGCGCUGCAACCCGUCCUUGGAAAGCUUGCCGCCUUGCUCAGCGACGACUCCAAACUCUCCCAUGGGGUGCGCAGCGAGGUCGAGCUCCACACCAGUGAGCUCGCCGCCAUAGAAGCGUUCGUCCUCAUGAAAUCGACGGAGGAGGAUCCCAGCACGCAGGACAAGGCCUGGAUGAAGGAGGUGCGGGAGCUGUCCUACGACAUUGAGGACGACCUCGACGAGUUAAUGGCUCCCGUCGGCGGCGACAAACCCCCCGCCAAGCCGAACGGAUUCAUGGACAAGAUUAAGGUCAUGCUGGACCGGACCAAGGCUCACCAUCAGAUCGUGAAGGCUAUCGAUGAACUGAAGAAGAAACAACUAGUCCAUGUAGCCAAAAGGUACAAGAUCCACUAG